AUGGAGUGGUUAACGAGAGCCGAGGGCCUGAAUGCCCGUCAGGAGCUGGAGGCGUCUGUUUGUGUGCACUCUAACUUGCGUGAUGAGGAGGUCGACCUCAUUGUGGACGGUCGUCUACUACGCAUGGUCCGGGAGCGCGUGGCAGACCAAGCACCUACGAGCAGCCAGCAAGGAGGAACUGGUGUAGGAGGAGCUGCGCACGAAGCUCCAACUGCCAGUUACAAGCAGAUCACCAGUGAUGCAUCUGCUUUCUCGGGCGCUGUCAACACCAUCGUGGCUACAACGGGGGUCAACGGGAAGGAAGGAAAAGGGGGAAGGGAGCAGGCAGACAAGAAGAAGGAUGGCAAGCGGGAGAAGAAGCGAGCCCCCUUCAAGGGGCGCUGCUACAACUGCAAUGAGGAGGGGCACAUGGCUGCCAAGUGCCCCAACAAGAAGAAAGAUACAACGCCCGCGGCAGCCGCGAACGUAGCUGAAGGAGACGGGAAGGGCGUGGCACUCACCGUCGCGUGUUCGGCUGCAAACUCUUGGACAAGGGAGCAAAUCUGCAAACCGAGGAAGGUGUCACUCGCAUCAUCGCAUCAGGAGGUCAAGUGGCUGCAACGGCACGAUACCGCCAUCGCCUUCACUGCCUUGACCUUAAACCAGGGCCAGCAAGGAACGGUGCAACGGCUGCAGCGGCAUGCAACGGCACGGCGGCUGCAGCGGCAUGCAUCAAUAUGGCGGGUGGAGCGGCAAGCAACAGCACAGAGGCUGCAUCGGCAUGCAACGGCAAGCAACGGCACGGCGAAGGAGAUUGCUGAUGUGGCUUCAAGCAAGCCGGAAGCUAAAGAUGGAGCGGCCAGCCUCAAGACGUACGCGGUGGGCUCCAAGGCAACGCCCAACCUGUGGCACGCUCGCCUUGGACACGUCCACUUUGAUGCGGUGAAGCGGACAGCCACGAGCUGUGGCGUGUUCAGUAUGGACCUGGAGAAAGGAGGUGAGGAUAUGACGUGCACCUCCUGCCAUGAAGCCAAACUCACUCGUGAAUCAUUUCCGCUGCACGACGAGCGAGAGGAGCAGCAGAAUCCACCGCCACCACGUACCGUCAUCGUGGUCCCGGUACCGUCUGUGCAAGGGGGCGAGAAACCCCUUGAUCUCUCGGUGGGCCCUUUGGGCAGCAAGGCACCUACUACUCCUCCUCCUCUUGGUCCACCCUCCGUUGCUGAUUCGGCGCCCGUAGGACCAGAGGAUGGUCAUCUGGAGGUUGACACCAGCAUGGCUGAUCACGAGGAGGAAGAAGAAGUAGCAGUGGAUGAGCAGUCACCAAUGGCCCAUGAGCAUGAGCCUUCACCUGCAGUUCCCCCCUUCCAGCCCAUUCCACCACCCCCACGUCGCUCCAGCAGGCGUAACAAGGGGGUGCCGCCCGUACGGUUUCAGCCAUCAGCCAUGACGGCCCUGGAUGCGGAUGAUGAGGACAUUCCGUACGACGUGGCAUACCUUGCUCAGGACGAGUGCGCCCCGGACAGCGAUGACGAAGUGGAGUACCCGGAUGAGGAUGAGGAGGAGGAAGGCGCUUGGGGAGGUGUCAUCCUCGACCUGGCAGCAGCGUUGACCGGACCUGAAGGCAAGGAAUGGUGGGGUGCUAUGAAGGAGGAGAUGGAGAGCCUUGAUGAGCAAGGCACUUGGAUGUUGGCUGCUGAAGAAGAAGCUGCGGCCUGA